CCACACUCGAGGCCAACUCGAGGCUUUAGGCCUUCAAGCUCAGGCUUGUGCAACCUUCUUCGACUCACUGCCAAACAUCAUGGACUCUGGAGCAGCCGCGCGAAACCUCAACGGCAACAGCGAGCAUCGGGGCUCCCUACUGAGGCGGUCAUGGCACGCAAUGUCGGACAUACUCUCGCCGUUCUCACCCUCGGCUCUAGCCUCGCUUCCGAAGAAAACGCUACGCAGGAGACCGCGCUACACUCGUAACGACAAUGUUCCGGAGGCGGAGAGCGAUGAGCAUGGGCAAAUGCCCACGGUGCGGGACUACCAUGCUAUCAAUAGCGUACCACCCCAAGUGAGGGUCCCCAAGAAAAUCGCUACACCUAUCAAGGUCGAAGGAAAGGUCUGGUUUGCGAAUGAGAGGACGUGGAUUGCAUAUUUGAACAUGUCUGUUCUCAUCGGAACCCUGGCUCUUGCGCUCUUCAACGCCUCGAAGGACGAUGUGUCACGAUACUUUGCGUACGCGUACGCUGGCAUGAGUAUCGGUAUCUUGGUGUACGGUUAUGCCAUAUAUCAGCAUAGGAUCACCUUAAUCCAGAAGCGGGAUCCAGGGUCUUUCGACCAAAUCCUUGGCCCUGUCAUAAUCAGCGUAUUGCUCUUCGUGGCCGUGCUCGCGAAUUUUGUCAUCAGGGUGCGGGAGCUACAAAGACAGAACGUAGACGUCCCGGGACUGUCUCUAUUGGCCUUUUUGCGUCCAUCUGCCUGACCAACGUCCAGGAGCGUCUUGCUUCGUUCUUGUCCGUUUU